AUGGAUAGUGAAGGACGUCUCCAUGUAUCUGACAUCGACAAUCGGGAAGUAAGACGAUAUGAAACAGGAGAUAAGAUUGGAACUCUUGUGGCUGGUGGCCAUGGUGCAGGUUAUGAUCUCAAUCAGAUCUUGUCCCCAUAUUUCAUUUUUGUCGAUCAACAACAGAAUCUCUAUGUGGCAGACAAUGGAAAUCAUCGUGUAAUGAAAUGGGGUAAAGAUGCUAAAGAAGGCAUUGCUGUUGCUGGAGGCCAUGGCAUUGGAAACUCUCUAUCACAACUGCGCUAUCCUAACGGAAUAUUUGUCGAUACAAUGGGUACUGUCUAUGUGGCAGAUGAUUUAAAUCAUCGAGUGAUGCGUUGGGCUCAGGGUGCAAAACAAGGCACGGUUAUUGUUGGUGGGAAUGAUAGAGGACAAGGAGCAAAUCAGCUCAAUGGUGUGACCGGGUUAUUCUUCGAUCGACGUGGUAAUCUCUACGUUGGCGAUCGGAAUAAUAAUCGAGUACAACGCUUUUCUCUACAGGGUAGGUCGGAUUGCAGCUAUGCUUGCCCAUGUGUCAUGUGGCUGUGA